CUCAGCGGUGCCUCAGCGCGAGGAAUUUGCUGAGCACUAGACCGACUCCGGAGGCUCCUCGUUUCGUCAUGCUGUGCAGCAGAACGUCCACCAUGCAGACGCUGUCCGCUCUUCUGCUGUUUGUCAGUGUGACCUCAGCGUUCGCUUUCCCGUCGCACGGUCGCCACCGGCGCGGCACGGCCAACGCCGGCGCGGGGGCGGGCGCCACCGCCGGCUCCUUCGCCACCAGCGGCGCCUACGGCAACGGAUACGGGUACGGCCCGUCCGCCUUCGACUCGGCCUUCCGCUCCUACUUCGACCAGAUGGAGUCGCUGCUGGCGGCGCAGCAGGCGCACGCGCAGGCGCUCUCCAACAGGUAUUGGUCGGACUGGCGGCACCCUGCGGCGGCGGGGUACCCGGCUGGCGGCGCUUUCGGCGCCGGCCCGGCCUUCGUGCCCAACUACUACCACUACUACUCGGGCGUGCCGACCGCCUCGCACUCGCACUCGGCCGUUAGCUUCUUCCCGCACCGCUUCAACGCCGCCGCCGCCAACGCCAUCCCGAGCAACACGGUGGACGCCGGCCACGGGCAGCUGGUGUACCCGGGCCAGUCAGGCAGCGCCUCGCACUACGCCGGCGCGUUCAGCGGCGGUCCAGGGGGCGGCACGGGCUUCGGCUACGGGCACGGGGGCGCGGGCGGCGCGGGCGUGGGCGCGGGCGUGGGCGCGGGCGCGGGCGGGGCUGACGCCGGCGGGCACGCUCCCUCCAGUUUCAGCGACUUCGGCGCGGGCGGCGCGGGCGGCGCCGGCGGCGGCAGCGGCAGUCACGUGGGCAGCGGGUUGGGCGGCGCCGCCCACGGCGCGCAAGCGUCUCUUGCCGUCAACAACCGCGGAGGCUUCGGGCAGGCGCAGCUCUUCCCGGACCCCGGACUCAACUCGCGCAUCGCAGGUGACAUCGCGCCGCUGAGCGGGAGCGGCAACUUCGGCGUGUUCUCGUCAUCGUCGUCGUCGUCGCACAGCGACGGCAGCGGCAAGACGCACACCUUCAAGCAGGCCACGGUGGGCGUCAACGACAACGGCAAGGUCACCACCUUCUCCGUGAAGGAUCCUUGAGCGGCCUUGAGGCCCCGCCGCCCUGCGCGCGCACGCUCGCUCGCCCUUUGUACUUACGUUUUGGUGCUCUUUACUAAUAAACUUUUCUCAAGUAACAUAUCAG